UACCUUCAUUUACUCCAUCGUUACUUCAUUCUCGCCUUUUCUCUUUCUUUACCUACAUUUUCUCCUUUUUUCUCCAUCUUUACCUCCAUUGUGUCCGUUUAUCUCCAUCUUUACCUUCAUUGUGUCCUUUUUUCUCAAUCUUUACCUUCAUUCUCUCCUUUUCUCUCCAUCUUUACCUCAAAUGUUCUCUUUUUCUGCAUCUUUGCCUUCUUUUCUCUAAUCUUUCCCUUCAUUUUCUCUUCUUUCCAUCUUUACCUCCAUUCUCUCCUUUUAUCACCAUCUUUACCUUUUAAUCUCACAUUUUCUCUCCACCUUUACCUUCAUUCUCUCCUUUUCUCUUUAUGUGCAUUAUCUCUCUUUCUCUCUCCAUCUUUACCUCCUUUCUCUCCAUCUUUACCUCCAUUCUCUCUUUUUCUCUCCAUCUUUACCUUCAUUCUCUCCUUUUCCCUCCAUCUUUACCUCAAUUUUCUCCUUUUUUCUGCAUCUUUGCCUUCUUUUCUCUCAUCUUUCCCUUCAUUGUCUCCUUUUCUCUCAAUCUUUACCUACAUUAUCUCCUUUUAUCACCAUAUUUACCUUUUAUUCUCACCUUUUCUCUCCAUCUUUACCUUCAUUCUCUCCUUUUCCCUCCAUCUUUACCUCAAUUUUCUCCUUUUUUCUGCAUCUUUGCCUUCUUUUCUCUCAUCUUUCCCUUCAUUGUCUCCUUUUCUCUCAAUCUUUACCUACAUUAUCUCCUUUUAUCACCAUAUUUACCUUUUAUUCUCACCUUUUCUCUCCAUCUUUACCUUCAUUCUCUCCUUUUCUCUCUCUCUUUACCUACAUUUUCUCCUUUUUUUCUAUCUUUACCUCCAUUUUGUCCAUUUAUCUCUAUCUUUACCUUAAUUGUCUCCUUUUCUCUCCAUCUUUACCUUUAUUCUCUCUCUUUCACUCCAUCUUCUCUCCACGUCAUCCUCCAUUCACACGUCACUUCCUGUGCAGAGCUUCCAGAGGUGUUCCUCCUCCAGAAGACGCCAUCCUCUCCGGUCACCUGCAUGGCGACAGGUUUCUACCCCGACCUAGCCGACUUGUUUUGGAGGAAAGACGGCGAGCAGAUCUUCGAGGACGUGGAGCACGGAGAGCUGCUCCCCAACCACGACGGAACCUUCCAGAUGUCGGUGGAGCUGAAAGUGGAGGUGACGGCCGAGGUGGAGGGCAAGUACGAAUGUGUGUUCCAGCUGUCUGGCGUCAAGGAGGACCUGGUCACCAAGCUGGAGAGAAGAAGCAUCCUGAGCAACGCAAGCCAUGAAGGCAACGUGAGCGUCACUGCCACGCUGGCGGUCCUCGCUGUGGUGGUCCUCCUGGCGGCCGGCGUCUUCAUCAUCAUCUUCAUCAUCAAGCGUCGCCGAAGCAGACAAGGUGAGGGACACAAAUGUUUUCUCUUUCAGGAAGACGCGAAAAAGUCUCUGCCUUCAUUCAUGAGAUGUGAAUUUCACCUGCUUUCUCUUUCAUUUCAGCCGAAUACGAUCCAGCUGGUAAGUAAAACAUCUUCUCUUUCUUGGAAACCAUAACAAUAAACAAAGCAGUGGUGAAGCAUCACUCACACACUUUGUAAGUUUACCCCCACAAAGAUUUAAGUUAUUAAUAUCAUUUAUUACAUAUUCAUCUUUGUUAUAUACCUUUAUGUCAGUUAUAUUCCAUAUAAUAUUGACUUUCUGUUUCUGUUACCACCAAAAUUCUGGAUUGUUGGUAUCUUUGUAAGGGUCAACUUGCAAACUUCCUGUUUUAAGGUGUGAUGUAGACACGUGUUACAAGUUCAGCAGGAAAAUAAAAGCUUCCCUCCAUUAGGAGUAGCUUGAUACUCGUGUAAGCGCACGCAAUAGAAAGUAUCACAGCCAACUUUUGAUGAGUCGUCAUGAUAACGAACAUCAAGGGCCUGAUCUACUAAAGGUUUGUGUGUAUUAAAAUAUGUGCAAACCUGAUCUAAUUAAUUUGUGUGCAGAGUCUCUGAAAUGAGCAAAGUAGAGAGCGCAAUCCAUUAAGCGUGUCUGUCUUCAUGUAUGUGCAGAAUAUAUGCUGAUUAUCAAUCCCCCACAAUAGUAGGAGGAGGAGAUACAAAUGUAACUAAAUGAGGCAAUUCCUGAAGGAAUUGCGUGUGAAUGCUCCAAUGCUGAAGUUGAACUGAAAUGCUGACAGAAUGUAGUAUGAAUGUAAGAAUAGAAGAAAGUUUGAAUGUUGAAGAGUUUGAAUUCCCAGGAAAACCGGAAUUUGGUUUGAAACUUGGGAAAGUGUUAGUUUGAAUGUCCAGGAUGAGAGGAAUGUGUUAAUGUUGAAAUGCUUUGAAUAGAUUGAAAAAUGUGGGAAUUGCGCAACUUGGAAAAAUGUCCCAUUCAUUUCAAUGGGAACUUCCUGGAAAAUUGGAAUUUUUUAGAAAAUGAUUAGGAGCAUGAAUAUCCUGAAUGAGCUGAAUUUGUUGGUGUUGGAAUUGUUUGCAUUGGGCAAAAAAUUUAAAAAUAGUAAAUGGUAUUUGGCAAUUUGUUGGAAAAUGGUAAAAAAAAACCAUGAAUGAGUUGAAAUGGUUGGUGUUGGAAUUUUUCAAAUCGGUCGAGAAAUGUUGAAAUAGUAACAUGUUGAAUUGAGAAAUGGUAUUCCUGGAAUUAGUUUUUUGUCCUGAUUAAGAGGAAUGUUUUGACAGUAGAAUGGUUGAAAUGCGUUGAAAAAUGUGAAAGGAGUAGUCGCCAGAAAAAAGGGUGAAAAUGGGGCUUUGGAAAACCAGGAAUUGUGGAUAAUCCUGGAAUUUUUUUUAACUUGAAAAAAGGGAAAUUUGAAUUUCCAGGAUGGUGGAAUGUGUUGAAGGUGGAAUGGUUUAAAUAGGUAGAAAAAUGUGGAAACGGUGGAAGUUUGAAAUGGCCAAUUCAUUUGGAAUGGGAAAAAUGUCCUGGAAAAUCUGGAAUUCUGGGAAAUCUUGGAAUUUUUCAAGGGAAAGCCCGUGAUUCCCGAAUAGGCUGAACAGUUUGAAGUUGGAACGGUUUGAUUCGGGUGAAAAAUAUGGAAGGUAGAACGCGCCAAAAUCUUAACAAGAAGAAGAAGUUUAAUAAUAAAUAGAUGAAUUUUGGUGUAGAAAACCAUAUUAGUGAAUGUUUGGAGCAUUCACACAAUUAUUUAGCAUCUCACACAGAACAGACUCAAGAAUAAAGAUCAAGAAGCCAGUAAAAAAGAAGAAGAUGAAAUGGGCAAAGUGAAAGGAAACAGAGGCAUGGCACUAAGCUAUCCAUACACUUGGGUAAAACUGAAUCCAUCCUGUUUGGGUCCCACAUCAACCUUAAGAAAGUCAAUGACUUCACUAUAAAAGUGGGUGACAUUGUUAUCACCAGGAAGGAUGAGGUCACCUACCUAGGUUCCAUUCUAGAGGCUGAUCUUUCCUGUGAUAAAAUGGCAACCAAGGUAAUCAAAAAGGUCAACCAACGAACGAGAUUUCUCUCUAGAAUCUACUACUACCGCAACCUACUAAUAAAAGUCUCAAUCAAUCAAUCAAUCAAUCAAUAAUGGGACACUUAGGUGACUAAGACACUGGAGGGCUGGUUGCACAUGAGCCUUGAAGCCAAGCUUAACCUGUUUGGAGACUUAGUCUUAGACUAGUCAGGAAGUAGAAGAGCAGAAUUCUGCUUCUUGAUGCUUCUGAUUGAAUUGACAGCUGCAAAGAUGUGAUAUGAGUGA